GGGCGGCGCCGGGGGCCCCGGGCGGCCAGGGGGAGGGGGCCGGUGCGGCGCGGAGCGUCCUCCCGGGCUGUUCUUCCCCGGCUGGACGGAGAGCGGCACUGUGGCCCCGCGGCGCGAGCUCCGCCAGAGCUUCUCCCUCUCCUCGGCCGCCGUCGGGCAGCUUCUCCUAGUCCUUGCGUCCGCCGUUGGCGGAAAGGAGCGAGACGAGCGGCGGGAGGUUUUCUUUGCCUAAUUCCCUACAUGAUGGAAUGAAUAUUUUCUUGACCAGCAUGGAUAUAUUGACCUUUCCAAGAUGGUUAAGAGCUGUGGUGAAGAACCAAGUGAAACGACAAGAGGGAGAUCCACUUCUGCUGACAUCUGCUUUGUGUGUUUGCAAGUAUGGUUUCCUGACAGAAGAGUGCAUCAUAUUUUUUUAACAGCAGAUCUUUAUUAAGUGUGCUGUCAGUUGUGGUUUUGGAAAGAUGAGAAGAGACCCACUGCGGGGCAACUCAGUGAGGCUGAAAAUGUCUGCUAUUUCUCUUAUGUGUAUCCCAGUUACAAGAAGCCUUUUAUGAUUUCUGAGUUUGGUGCUGUCAGCCUCCUGUGAACAAACUAAAAAACAAAACAAAAAGCAAGCUGAGUUUUAGAAAACAAAAUGCCACGGAGAAGGAAAACCGGUGGGAGUCCUUCUCAGAAGAAUGGCAGUUCUGACAGAACUGCUGUUGCUGUACCCCAAGGGGACCCAAGCCAUUCGAUGUCGCAAGCAGUGUGUAGCAUCAAUAAGGAAGAGCUCUUCAAUAGCAUAUCUGAAAUGUUUUCUGACCUUGAUCCUAGUGUGGUUUAUAUGGUUCUGUCCGAAUGUGAUUUUAAAGUAGAAAACGCAAUGGAUUAUCUGCUAGAGCUGUCCACCCAUGCCAAAGGAGUAGCAUCUUCAAAAAUCUUGGGUUUUGAUUCAGCAGUGUCAUCACUAGCUCUUGUUAAUCAGCAAAGAACUCUUGCAAAUGAAAGAAUGAGGGAAAGUACUGCAGAACAAAGUAAUUCUGAAGAAGAAAAAGAAAACGUCUUAUCACCUGAUGUGCAGCUGACUGAGGAACUGGAUUCCUUAAUAGAAAAUACCUUUCAGAGCUACAGCUUGAGUGAUGAAUUGCCUGAUUCUGCAAAUGACCAAAUAGUACCUAAACACUCUGUGGAACAUGAUGACUGUACUGAGUGGGAAAAAUCUGAUUCGGGUUGCAAUGUCCUACUUUUUGCACAGCAAACAGGGAAAAAUAAUGAGUUUUUAGAGAACUUACACUGUUCUCAGCUGCCAGUGAGUCAGCUGAGUGUCCAGACAAGCUUACCACCUGCAUCAGACACUUUUGCAGAGAUACUGGAAGAUUCUGAUUUGUCAGAAAUACAUGUUCAUCGUAAAGUAGUUUCAGACAUCUGUAAACAAUUGAAUGGAGAAAUAUCAUGUGGAACUCCUAUUCAGACGCAAGAUACUCUUUCGGAUCAAAAAAGUUUGACUGCUGGUUCUAGUGAGUCUUCCCAAAGACCUCUGGAACUAGGAGCAGCUGUCACUGAAAAUCCUAAUUCAAGGUUCCCAGAAGAACACAAAGAGGUAGUGACUGCCUUUAACAGCCACCAGAACACUUCACUUCCAGAAGUAUACGUCUCUCUUGAAACAUCCAGUUUCAAACCACCAAAACCUGCAGAUUUCCAGCAAACUCAUCAGGUUUAUAACUUAAGUUUUUCUGCCCCACAUCAACCUCAACAGCACUGGAAUCUAAUGGCUCCUGUGUUUUAUCCAUCCAGUGGAAGUCACAGCUUUCUAACAUCUCUGGCUGUUGGUCCAGGGCAGUGGACACCUGUUUCAGACUCUAAUACUUUGCAAAAAGGACUUUCUUUUUCCUCUGCAGUGAUUUCAAAUGCCUGGGAAAGCAACCCAUCUCUGAAGGUAUGGGGAAAUCAAGAUAGAAGCUCAAACUUAAACCUCUCGCAAGCACAGCAGCCACCUGUUUGUCACAUGAAAAAAAAGAUGCACCUUAUAGGUCGAGUACUUGUUCUUCUCAGAGGUGUUCCAGGAUCAGGAAAAUCAUAUUUGGCAAGGACUUUGCUUGAAGAUAACCCAGGUGGAAUCAUUCUUAGUACUGAUGAUUACUUUUAUAAACAAGGACAAUACCAUUAUGAUCCUGAUUGCUUAGAGGAAGCACAUGACUGGAACAGGAAACGAGCCAAAGAAGCAUUUGAAACGAGAAUCUCUCCUAUAAUAAUAGACAACACAAACAUACAAGCAUGGGAGAUGAAGCCUUAUGUUGCUUUGGCUCAGCAGUUCAAAUACAAAGUCAUGUUCCGAGAACCAGACACUUGGUGGAAGUUUAAACCAAAAGAACUUGAAAGGCGAAACAUCCAUGGAGUAUCAAAAGAAAAGAUCAAAAGAAUGUUGGAACGAUAUGAACGCUGCCUUACUGUUAGUUCAAUAUUGGGUUCUUCAGACCCCAAUAAAUCAAAAGCAGCUGGCUACAGUGAAGGUCCUUGUCAGGAGGAAAACCAUAGAAAAGGAGAGGCACAUUCUAAAGUAACAGAAGAAAAACCUUUUGCUUCUGAUGUAGAGCCUCUUGAAUUAGCUGAAGAUGAAAAAAUCUUUCCUAGUACUUCUCUAACAUUAGAAAGUAACUGUGGUCCUGAACACUUUCAGAAAGAGGAAAAAGAAAUGGAAAAUAACUCAGUGGAACACAAUUCCGAGAACAGCGCUGUUCAAGAUAACUUAGAUGUGUAUUUAUCAGAUCAUGCAGAAAAAGAACUGCCUUUGGAGAAGAAAAAAGAGGAGGAAGAAAAGAUAGAAAAAAGUACUGAAACAGAAAUGGAUGAGGUUGAUGUAACCACAACUGAGGAAACUAUGUGCUUGCAUACUGGAGAAGUUGAGGAGCACAAUGAUAACAACAUUCUCAAAGUUCAAAUGGAAGUUGAACAAUCUGGUGAAAUACGUAUGGAACCAAAAUCAACACCAAGUGAUAACGUAGUGGAACUGAGCAGUUCAGCUUUAGACACAUCCAGUAAACCUGAGCUACUGAACUUUCUAGGUGACUGGCCUGUAGAACAAACAAUGGGGCAGAGAGUCAAAAGAGCUAGAAGACUAGAAAAAGCUCUGAAGAAUGAUAAGGAAGGUAAAACGCUCAGUCAGCAGCAUCCUGAGUUAAAUAAAGAGCAAGCAGGCCUGCCUGGGACCUCUAUAGUUGAAAAAGGACAUGAGGGAGAAAAUGUAGCCUUCAACUGUUCCUCUGUUGGUUCAGAUGAAGUUACACCUGAACUACAAAUGAUAGGAUAUUGGCCUGUUUCAGGCUCAUUAGAACAGAGACAACAAAGGUCAAGGAGAAUGAGAAAGACAAAUCAGUCUGAUGACAGUGGAAAUACUGAAGGUGACAUUAAUAGAAAUGCUCUUGAGACUGUAGAUGUGCUUCGUGGGACACCUGCAAACACUGCAGAGCAACCCAAUACAAAGAGUUUGCAUGUGCACCAACCUGAAACAGCAGAUGAGAAAAAAACCCAGCAAAAUAAGAGAACAAGGAAACAUCCCAAAUUAGCCCUCACUUUUACAAACAACAAUUUGCCCCAUCACAAAGAAGAAGAAGAACACUUGCCUAUGCCUAAUGCAACAGAAGAAGAACAGGAUACAUGCUCAUGUAGGCAGAAAAGUAGCUAUUCACAGACUGAAUCACAAGACUUUGCUCUCCUGUGGAGAUUAGAAAAGAGAAUGCUUUUUCCUGAGACUACCAAAGUAUUGCAUGGCAGGUUUUAUGGCUUCAAACCCAAAGAUGUAGAUAACUCCUCAGAUUGUCAGGAAAAAAUACCCUAUCGAGUUAUGCACGAUAAAAGUACAUUUGUGGAAGAAGAUGAACUUAUCAGUAUUGAUGAGACUGAAAAGCUAAAUAUGCUGUGUAAGCUCUUUGAGUCUGUUUCAUUUGAAGCUCUGAAAGAUCUGUAUGAAAGAUGUAACAAAGACAUAGACUGGGCCACAGGUCUGCUGUUAGACUCUGAUGAAAAGCUGUGCAUAGAUGUUGAUACUGAAUGCUUUCAAGUAAGAGAAACUCAGACAGGUGUCGCAGACCUUGAUUUCAAGGCAACCACAAACUAUGGUGAGAAUGUCAAAGACUGUGAGGAAACACAGCGAAUAAUUGGGACUAGUGAUAUCUCUGAGCCUUCAGAAGACAAGAACUUGUUGCUGAGCAUUGCAGAGAGUAAGACUACCAAGGCAACUGUAUCUGGCUUGUUGACUGCUGCCUCCUUGAAUGAUUCAGCAGACAUGACCAGUUCUGGAGAUGCAGUCCCUAGGACUGAAGUGGGCAGCUCAGCAGCAGGUGUCAUUGAGGCAACUGUUUCAGGAAAGCAGAAGACAGAGUCUGAGAGUCCUGUUGAGGAAACUGUAAACAAGCAGCCAGUCUCUCAACUUGAUGCAGGUUUCUGUACAUCCAUGACUUUGCCUCAUGGUCCUAACACGACUUCUACCAGUUUGAAAUUUGAAUUAAAUAAAGAAAGUGACAGUAACCCUUCAGAAAGCAAUGCAGAGAAUUCCAAAGUGACUGCAUCGUUACUGGAAAUAGGUCAUGCACCUCUGGGCAGUCCUAGGAAUGAUGAAGAACUAGAGAUGGGUAAAGAAACCCAUAGGAGUUCCCAUGAGAUAUAUGGUAAAGAAGAAGUUGAAACUCCAAGCUGGGAUGAAGCUAAAGCCAAGACACAAAGCCCUGUACCAGCAUCACGUACAGCCUUCAGUAUAGAUUGCCUAGAGCUAACGUUACCUCCUGAACUGGCUCUUCAGUUGAAAGAAAUAUUUGGGCCUGUUGGCAUUGAUGCAGGAUCAUUAACUGUUGAGGACUGUGUCGUUCAUAUUGAUCUGAAUUUGGCAAAAGUGAUUCAUGAAAAAUGGAAAGAAUCUAUUCUGAAACGUCAGAGGAGAGAUGAAUCAUGUAAGCUGUCUGCAGAAGGUCCUACUGUGAUUCAACAGAUGGAUACAGAUGACUCAGAAAUGCUGUUAUCUCAGAAUGCAGACAAUAAAAUACAGAAGAAAAAAAUGAGCUGGGCUUCAGACUCAUCUAAUGGUAUACAGACUGAAAAAACUGCAGCAUCAGAUGUUUUUCCUUUUAUGGAUCACUGGAAUGCUCAGAUUCAGAAAGUUUCUCUCAGACAAAUAAUUUCCGAAGAAAUAGCUAUGCAGGAGAAGCAGGACCUGAAUCGUGUUCCUUCUAUGGCUAGAAAAGACUGUGCUGCGAAGCUAAAGGAGAAGCAACUUUUUGAGAUGUUUCCAACUAUUAAUCAAAAUUUCUUAAUGGAUGUCUUCAAGGACAACAACUACUCUUUAGAACAAACUGAACAGUUUCUGAACUGUGUUCUGGAGGCAGAUCCUGUAAAAACAGUUAUAGCUAAAGAUAGUGUUCAGCAAAAUGAAAUUGUCUCUUCCUACAGUGCUGCAAAGAGCCGGGAGAAGAAGGUGAAAAAAAAUAAGGAAGAGGAUGAUCCUUUGAGUGAAAUAUUUCAAGAUCUUGAGUAUCCAAAAUAUGCUGAUUUAAGAGCAGAAGCUUUUUGUCACCAACAGCAGAGAAAGGAAUGUUUGAAAAAGGCUGGGGAAGCCUAUCGCAUGGGUAUGAAGCCUGUGGCAGCAUUUUAUGCACAUCAGGGUCGCCUUCACGAGCAGAAGAUGAAAGAAGCCAACCACGCUGCUGCUGUGCAAAUCUUUGAGAAAGUAAAUACUUCCUUGCUGCCUAUGAAUGUGUUGGAUCUGCAUGGUCUCCACGUGGAUGAAGCUGUGAAUCAGUUGUCCAGAGUGCUGCAGGAAAAAAGUGAAGAGUACCAGCAGACUGGUGGUAAACCAUAUCUCUGUGUUAUCACGGGAAGAGGAAGCCAUAGUCAGGGAGGAGUUGCUCGCAUCAGACCAGCAGCUAUCAGAUACCUCACAAGCCACAACUUCAGGUUCACAGAAAUAAAACCAGGCUGCCUGAAAGUCAUGCUGAAUUGAAGAGCUGUCGAGAAGAGAAGAGGAAUAUAGAAACUGAAGUGUCAGAUUACAGCUAUGAACUUUCUGAACAACUGCAAUAGUAUUUUUUAAUCUAUUUCAAAGGACGAUAUUUUAUUUAAAAUGGUCUCAAUUUGCGGCAAGUGGUUUUGUCAGUAUGUUUCGAGGAAAAUUUUUGUGUGGAAUGGAUCCUUUUUUGAACCUGAAAAAAAAGAAGACACUUUGAGGAUGUCAAUCUCAGAAAUGCAGAUUAAGAAUUCUGCUGAGCGGUAUAUGAUGUUUUAAAGGGAAUUUAAGGUACAAUUUUUGAAUAUAACUUGCCUUCACAGCAUACCCAGUCUAUGUCUUUGACUUUCAGCUGUUUUAAUUGCUGUGGAUUCUGUGCUUUUAAAACAUAAUGUUAUUUUGUUACUCAGAAUUUUGUGCUAAACCCUUCAGAAGAGCAUAGGGGAGCAUCACUUGUUAACUGCUGAUAUUUCAAAUCCAUUUCCAGCUGAGUGCUGAAUAUUUCCAGGUUUCUUCAAAAGUCUAAUGUUGUCUCUUUUGGGUGAUUAUUUUGUGAUGGGCUUGACAGGUUUUAUUGUCCUUAUUCCUUUCUAAACUUCUCCUGAUAUUGAUGGAAGUUGUGUAUAAAGGGCUGUACGUUAAGACUUAACUGUGGUUUUAAUAAUUUUGCAAAUUUACUGUGACCUAUUAAAGGGAAAAUUACUGUACUGUAGUUCAGCCUCUACAUACACAUAGGUAAUGUUGUAAUUUUGCAGAAAAUACCCUUUUUUUAACCAUUUUACUGGAUUAAAAGUGUUUCUUCCUUAACGACUUUAUAAAUAACACGAAUUGAGUACCACUUCACUUUCCAGGGGUGUUGCAUUUGAUAAUUUCCUUAUAGAAAAUAGGAUUGUCUGGGAGAUAUUUCCAAUGUAUUUUUCACAUCAAAGUGAAUACUAAUACUGCAGUAAUAACUGCCUAACUGAAAAAUCUGGGAGUACAAAAGCUAUUCUGUUGUUUUGGUGUUGCAUCAGCAUCUAGCAAUACCUGUAUAAAAAAAAAACCCAAAACAACAAAGAAAGCACCUCAAACAAAAGUCCCCCAAAUGAAAUCUAAACAUCUGUACUUUGGCAAGUGUUUCCAGUAAGCAAUCAGAACUGUUGUUUUAAUAUAAAUAUCUUUUAGAAUGCAUUACAACUUUUAAUUACCACUUUGCCUUUUGAUGAAUAUUUUUAUUACAAACCAUUUAAUUUUUCAGACUUUUUCAGAACAGGUAUGAGUUGUGUGUUAGGAAUAAUAGUAGUAGUUUAAGGAUUGACGUGAGGGGUUUUUUUGUUUUUAAACCACUUUUGUGGUAAAUUUUUAUCCAGGAACUACAGACACAUAGAAUUUGUAUAUGAACCCAUAUGGAUGUGCAAGUUCUGACAUUUGUAUGCAUGGGUAGUAAUAAGUAAUAAGGAAGGAACUUCUGUGAGGAAAGCUGUGCACAGGAAUAGGUAUCACUUGAAAAUCUGUCUGUAUGAGUUUCUGACAAACUGAAAGACGUGAUGUUUCCUGAAUACCCACAUUUACUGUAAUAUGUCCACAGUGAAUGCAGUGUACAGUAGACUUAAGAAUGACUUUGUCGUGCUUCAACAGACACAAUAAUCAUGGUAAUUUCAAAUGGAAGAAUAGCUUGGAUAAUAUUUAAUCAAAGGGGCUCUUACUGGAAUAACAGACUGUCAUAAUAGGUUUUAUAUUUUUUGUGAGUACUUAUUUCUUCUGAAUUGCGUCACUUCUCCUUUUCUUUCUCUCUGGGCUGCUCUGAUAACCAGUAGGUGAAACACAAAACAUCUGUACUCCCCAGACAGUGCUAGUGGAGCUGUUUCUGUCACUGCACCAUGUCCUGUGAGGUGAGGCCCCUGCUCCGUCCUCUGUGACGGUGCCUAAAAUGGACCGAGAUGUCAUUUAGACACUUGGACGUGAGACAGCUGUUCAGACUCUCACCUAUGCAUUGUUGCAUGUGCUAGAACUACCUAAGUGGAGUGAGGAUCUUUCUUUGGGACUAAGGAACUUCCUUCUGCUCCUGAAGACAUUUUCCUUAGUGCCAUUGUUAAUAAUGAAUGGAAGUGCAGGCUGCCUGAGACAGCUUUUUAAGUGCAAGUCGCUGUUGGUUGUCCUGAAUAGCUGAGUUGCUCAGCAAAGGUCCGGGUGCAUGCUCAUCUGUUGUGUGUUGAGCUGCUGGGUGCCCAAGGCUCACAGAAAUGUGUUGUAACCAGGGAAGAGCCAACACUUGUGGUUGUUUUGGGAGGGGGCCUGAUUCACACCAUUCCUGACAUGGACAAAGACAGCUUAGAUUUCAGUUCAAAAAGUGAGCAGAAAAAGUUGUCUUGCCCAUCUGUUCAUUGUAAUCUAGUUGUUGACAAGUUUAGCCUGGAGUUGAGAAACACAACUUUUUACCUUUUUCUGGCCGAGCGAAGGGGACAGCAAUUGCAUUUAACUCUCACUUCCCCAGAAAUGCUCUAAUCAGCAUGGUCAGGAGCAUUCUUGAAGCUGCCACUUCUUGAACCUUUUUUGAAAUCGCCACUGCAAGCUAAAAACACCCAAUCAAGGGGACAAAAGAGAUUGAAGAAUUUAAAAGUGCAUAAACAGUCUCUGUAACAGCACUAGGACUUUUCAGAGCAGAAGCCAUUCUCACUGUGCUCCCGUGUCCCUCUAAUAUUAUUUUUUUGUCUUUUGAGUAAAAAGUCCUAUUUGGAUAAAUGCAUUAAAAAAAAAUGUUUAGGGCAAUGCCUCGUUUCCACUCCUUCCUAGGACAAUUUGUUUUUUCCAGUUUGUGAAAGUCAGCAGAGGAGUACAUAGCUUAAGAGAAAUUUGGAGUAUUUCUCUUUCUUCCUGUCUCCAUUGCCCCUUUGGGUACGGGGUGAGGUUCACUAAGGUACUCUGAGUACCCCUAUCUGGUUAUAGGUUGAUCACUUGCCUAGUAUAAAUUAUUUGAUUACGGACUGAACUGUGACAGAAUAUGAUUUAAAAUGCAGAACACAUGCAGAACCAGUCUUGCCUCUAUUGAAGCUGAUGUCAGAGACUCCAUCAGCUUCAACAACUUGAGAUGAGGCAUUGCAGGUCGAACUUGGAGAAAAUAUCAUGAGCUCCAGCCUUUUUCUUCUCUGUAGGAGCUCAAGCAUGUGUUAAAAGCUCUGCUGGAUGCAAAAUGGGGCAGACAAUUAGUGCACAGGGAGAAAGAAAACAGGGUUUUAUUAGUAAGGAUCUCCAUGCCUUUAGCUACUUGCCAAACUGUCCAGAAGAAAAACACCACUGGACUUCGACUGUUUUUGUAGUGUCUAUCAAAUAUAGUUGUUUCAAAGUGGUAUUUCAAAAUAGGUUACAUUUUAGAACUUAAAGCUUCUCUGAUGUCUUUUGCAGUUACAUCAUUAAGAGUCCUGAAGUAUGAUGUAAGUUCUGCAUCGUCUUACACUUUUAAUUCAAGUAGCACUUAGCAGUAUUGCCACCAGCACUCUGAAGUAACCUGUGACUGCUGAAAUACCUAUUUAGUGUACCACUUUUUACCUAACUCUUCAACAGCAUGUGAUUGUGAUGACUGAUGGCUUUUAAUAUGUGACCAUUGGUUUCUUUUUUACAAAAAUACUUAAACAUUUAUCCCAGGUUUUAAUUGAGGAAAAUAAUGUUUUUUUUAAUAAAAAAGAAUAACACUUGUCCUAGCAUCGAAGAGUGACCUUACAGUAAGGAGGAAGAAAGAGUCCCAGAGGUGCAAUGAAGGUCAUUCUACUAAGCAAUGUUAAGUGUUUAAAAAUACAUUUCCAUUGAUUGUGAAAGUACUGGGACAAAAGUGAUUGUAAAAAAAAAUUUAAGAUACCUUGAUAAUACAUUGAUGACUUUGCCUUUUGCUUUUAAUAGUAUGUGGUACAAUUUUAUUUGAACAGUGUUUUUAUAGGCCUCUCGGUGGACACGUCAGGCAAAGUUGAACUGGCAUUUUUUUGUGACUGUUGGAUGUCCAAGUCGCAAUGGUCCCCCUGUUUGAACAAUGUCCAAAUGCUCUGGUUAUAAUGUACAACAUCUCACUAGAACUAGAGCACCUGGAGCAUCACUUACUGCUCUGAAUCCAUACAGUGUCAGGGAAGGUCUUUACAUGCUUAGCAAACCUACUUGUUCUUGAAGGUUUUACUCGAGGAAGUAAAAUGUAACCAGUUUGUUGUUUAUUCUUGCCACAGCACGUUGUGGUUAGGCAGGAAAAUGUCAUUGUUUGUAAUGGCAAUGGAGAAUCAUCAUAAAUGUGACAGGAGAAAUUAUACAUGGACUGUAUGUUACUUGUGUCUUCAAAAGCAGUUCACACUUCCUGAAUAACGUUGCCCUCUUGGCGGAGCUGAGGAGGUGCUGGAAUACGAACGCUGCUCUUUGACUUACCACAAUUCCUAAGGAGCAUCUUCUCUUUAAAACAACAAACACAGAAAACACAACCAAAACUCGAUUGUUCACAUAAACUGUGCAGAGGAUGGAAUGACUUACAUGUGAAUGUGCUUGUGAAAAGACCUAGUAUUGCAGCUUCCAGUUGUAAAAGCUGUUAGGACCAGUGCAUUGGAAGAUAUCAUUGUCUAUUUUUAAAGUAAUACAUGAUUUUUUAAUUUGUAUAAAGCUGUACUUUUGCUGUUAACUCUUUCAUUUUUUACUGAAAAUACAAUUUUGUAAUUUGCAUCUAGAAUUUCUAAUGUGAAAAGGAAUUUACAGAAUCUAGUUUAA